GGGGGGGCGGUGCCGGGCGGCGCGCGCGGCGCAUGCGCAGACCCUCAUGUGGAGGGCGGCGGCGGCGCGCGCGGGUCGGCGUUGUCGGGAGCGCGCACGCGCCGCGAUCCCGGAGCUCCGGCGAUCUGGACCUUAACACCUUGGCUUUGCCCUUUUCCACGUGAAGCUCAGCCAUGACUGACCAAGAGUUUGUCCUCUGCAAGUGGAAGAGGCGUUUGUGGCCAGCCAAGGUUUUGUGCAAACCUGGAGUUGCUGGGGGCAGUCCUGUUGCCACCACAAAAAGGAUGGGAUUGAAAGCCGAAAUCCUUGGCUUGCAGAAGCAGGUCAGUGUGAGCUCUGCAAACGUGGUUCCCCUGACAGAGGAGAGGAUCAAGGCCAUCGCCUCCACCCUGGAGCAAAAGGAAAGCGUGAGUGAGGCCGUGGAGGAGCUGCAAUAUCGCUGCUCCCUUAAACUUGCCCUGGACAUUCUCCAUCAGACUGACUCCAGCAGUGACAUGGCACCUGCAGAGGGACCAAAUCCCGAAUUUUCCCGGGAGAAAUCUGCCCCCCCCACCCCCUUCCACAGCUUCUUGUUGCGCUCUCGCUCCAAAAAGUCAGAACCUGAGGCUGCCAAGAGGAAAAGAAAACCCCAGAAUAACUGUGGGGUGAAGGAUGAUCCCAAAGCACGCAGCCAGGGGGGCUCUGUGGCUCCAGGGGGGAGUGGAAAAGCACCUGGGAGGGGCACAAACCCUGCCAGGGCACCUGGGAGGGGCACAAACCCUGCCAGGUGUGGUGCCAGGAACUCGAGUGUGGCACCAGCUCCUGACAGUCACAACUGCAGAGAACCAGAGCCAAAAUCAUCACCCAGACAGAGGAAAAUCCAGCCCAAAGUGGGGAGUGGAGCCUCCUGUAAGGCAGAGGUUGGAAGAAGUCAGCAAGGAAGGAAAAGAAGAUGUAGGGAUGAUUCCCCCCAGGAUCAAGCACAGCUGGCUCCUGAGGAGGGCUCUCCCUCUGUCCCCUCUAAAUCUGGCACUGUGGAAGCUUCCAGAAAGACAGGAACUCAGCCUGGGAGAACAUUCCUGGAUUCCUCCUGUGAAACUGCCUCGGAUGAGCUGGAGAAAAGCAUCAGCAGUGAGAGUGAGAGCCUGGCAAAGCAGCUGGAUGGGAGGAGAGAGGCAGAGGGUGGAAAACACCUGGAUGGGGCAGCUGUGGCCUCGGGCACAGACAGGAAAUGCAGGAGCCAGCCCGGAUCCUCACCUGGGCCUUCUGGUGCCUUCCCUCAGCCUCAGGAGGAGGAAAACCAGGAUGGGAAUAGAGCCCCUGACUCUGAGGAAGAUGAAGGGCUGGAAGCCUCUGGGAUGUUUUCCAGGAGAGUUUCCUCAGAAAGCCUCCCUCCACUCUCCCCUCUGGCAGAUGAAGAGGAGGAAGAUUUCCCAAGUGUUCUGUCCCAUCGAGAACCCAAAUUCUUCGAGGAAGGGAUGUUGGUGUGGUGCAAGCUGCGGCGGUAUCCGUACUGGCCAGCCGUGGUAAAAGCAGUGAAGAGGAAGCACCGGAGGGCCUGUGUGCUCUUCAUAGAUGGCACCACAAAUGAGAAGAAAAAAGGUUUCUCAGUGUCUCUGAAGAGCCUGAAGCACUUUGACUGUGAGGACAAGCAGGAGCUCAUUGAACGAGCCAAGGAGAACUAUUCCAGGGAAAUCGAGUGGUGCCUGCAGCUGAUCCGGGACUACCGCAUCCGCGUGGGCUGUCAUUCUUUCACUGGGUCCUUCCUGGAGUAUUUUGCUGCUGAUAUCAGCUACCCAGUGAGGAAGGAGGGAUACCAGAGUGUGGUGCAGAUGGCAUUCCCAAACACAGGGGAGGAAGAGGCUGGGCAGUCUUCCUCAGACACCUCCCCCCAGAAGCCCCCGAGGAAGCUCCUCCCUGACAGGACCAGAGCUGCCAGGGACAGGGAGAACAAGAAGCUGGUGGAGUUCAUAGUGAAGACCAAAGGGGCUGAAGAGCAUCUCCUGGGCAUCCUGAAAAGUGGGAAACAAUCCCGCUGGCUGAAGAAAUUCCUGAAUUCCAGCCGGUACAUGACCUGUGUGGAGACUUACCUGGAGGAUGAGGAGCAGCUGGACCUGGUGGUUGGCUACCUGAAGGAGGUGUACAGGGAGAUGGACACCAAGAACCUGCACCAGAUCCUGGGGGAUGGCAUCAGGUUCAUCUCAGAUGUGCUUUUACCUGAGGCCAUCAUCUGUGCCAUUGCUGCUGUGGAUGACAUUGAUUAUGAGAAGGCAGAAGAGAAGUACAUUAAAGGCCCACCUGUGAGCAAAAGAGAGAGAGAGUUGUUUGAUGAACAAAUCCUGGGAAGCAAAAAGCUCAAGACUGAGGCAGAGCCUGCAGAGAGCUGAGGAGAGGCCAGGGCUGUCCUGGGGCCAGCUGUAAAUAACCAGUGGUGCUUUGUAUAAAACGUGGCAUUCUUUGUAAAGUCUGUGUGUACAUCCCCAAAUGCUCUGCUCCCUGCUGCUUCCAUGGCCUCACUGUGUUCAGGAUCCACUGCAUCCUCACCCCUCAGUGCCCUCCUGGGGGCUGCCAGAGACCCCCAGGGCUGUGCAGAGCUGCUGCUGCUGCUCCACCACUUCCACGUGGGUUCUUUUAGCCAAACACCCGACCUGGGCAGGGAUCUUGUCCUGCUUUGGGCUCCUUGCUCCUGAUCCAACCAGGGAAGGCUCCUGGGGGUUCUCCCUUCCUGCCUCGUGCGUCUCCAAGGGUGGGAAAUCAGAGCUGCCACCUGGAUCACCAAGAUUUGGGCUCUUCUUUUGUAAAAUUCCAUGGAGAAGGAAUCCAGGUUUGCUUAAACAGAAACAUUUCCUCUGACUGAAUCAGUGGAAUGCUGGAUUGUUGCCUCCUCUGAAUUUUGGGAGGCUUUUAAUUGUGGUUUUGGUUUUUUUUUUUUCUCAUCUAAAUUCCCAAUUUAAUCCUGCCCAGUUCCCUGCUCACCUUUGUUGGAGCUGUGGCACAUGGAAGCAGUGUCACCAAGAACUAAUUAAUGAUGAGUAAUGAUAAAUGAUACAUAAAACCCCCUGAUUAGGGUUUCUCUGUGAUAAUGAACUGUGAUCUCCUUGCUUGUCCAAUAAAACCCAAGAUGAUUUGAAAUGAAGAGGUUGAAAUUGGGAUCCAGAUGUCUAUCCUGGCUGUAGUAAUUAUCUGAAUAUAUUUUAAUUACACUUUUAAUUGCUCUGUGCUCUCUAAUGAGUUUUUCCAUGAAAUCCUUAUUCCUGUUAUCUCAAGUACCUCAGUUACAGGGCCAGGCCAGGAAGUGAGGGUUUAUUAAAGCCUGGGAGGAGGGAUAAUGAAUUUUGUGGGAUGGGAUAAAAAAUUAAUGAUGGAGUUAACUCAGAGCUGUGAGUGGCACUUUCCCUUUGGAGAUGAGGGGCUGGGGGGGACUGCUCUGGGUAAUUUGGAGGUGGGGGUGAACUUCCCCCUCCUUUCCAUGAACCCUGUGUUCCCUUUUCCAUCAAAACUCCUCGGGUGCUGCUCGGAUCCUGCUCCAGACCAGAACCACCUCCCUGCAGCUGUGAAUCCUGGAAUGGUUUGGGCUGGAAGGGCCCUCAAACCCCAGCCAGGGGCAGGGACAGCUCCAGUGUCCCUGGGUGCCCCAGGGAUGGUCCUGGCCUUGUCCCACCCCUGGGCACCAGGCUCAGCCUCAGCGUGUACCAAGCACGUGGACUUAAUAAAGUGAAUCAUCAACA